AGUGUGUGCUCUGAGCCCUGGCAUUGCAGUAUGAGGGCUCUUUACCUUCUGUGAGUCUCAGAAGAGCUUGCAGCAAGGCAGGGAGAAGCCCAGGGGAGAGGUGCUACUACCUGAACACAGCGCUUUCUGUGAUGAUUUGUUGAUGAUGAUGAUUUGUUCGGAAAACCCUUGUUUUCAGAGUGCAGAAGUGCGGUCGCUGGGGUUACUGUGAAUUGGAGAGGUUCUGCUGGGAGUUUCUGUCCCUGCUGCCCUCUGUACUAAAUCUUCCCUGCAGCCUCCUUAUCGAGAUGUUUCCUGGCCUGGGCUGUACCAGCACAUCCGUGGCUGUAUGGGGUUUGAAAAGUCCCAGAUUCAGCUCAUUGUGUGUGCUGUCAAUUUCUUUGAAAUAAGCUGGUGAGUCCUAGUAUGUGAGCACUACUUUCCACUCCAAAUAAACCACCUUCCAUGGCCAGUCACUGCACGCUCUGUCCCCUUCCAAUAGCCCUAGCUAGACGGACUGUGUUCAUGAUGGCAGGGCCACAGGGGGUCCUCAGGGCUGGGGAGGAGCAGGGAAAAUGAGCUGCCCUGGAUUCUCUGUCUGGUUGUUGUAUUUCUGCUCUGGACAGUCAAGAAGUAAAAAUGGAAGUCUUCUAUCGGGUCACUUCUAAAAUAUGGGCCUCCCGUGUGCCUGAGGUGGGUGUGUGAAGAUGUCCUCAGAGGGGUGUGCUCUGAGUCACUGCAAAGCUCUUAGCUUCUUGGGUAGGAGACAUGCUAAAAAUGCAAAAUAGGAGCACCUGAGAUCUGACAAGGGAAACUGACUAGAUCCAUUGUUCAAGAGAGGUGCAGAGUGGAAACAAAUCAUAUCAAUAGCAAAAAGGACACAGUUUCUGUAAUGUCUCUAGUAAUCUCAGGUAUGACUAGUAACCUGGCUAAUUCAUGGGGUCCAAAGCCAGAAGGGACCAUUAUGACCAUCUAGUCUGACCUGUAUAAGACAGGCCACAAGCCUUUGCAGAAUUAAUUUCUAGUUGCACUAGAGCAUAACUUAAAAAAAAUCCACUCCAUCUAAAAAUUGCUAGUGCUGGAGAAUCCACUGUGACUGCUGGUAAAUUUGUUCCAAUGGUUAAUUCUCCUCACUAUUAAACAUUUCCACUUAUUUCCAGUCUGAAUUUGUCCACCCCCUGGAUGGUGUCAGACUCUGUUCUCUGCUAGACUGACUUAUAGAGUGAGCAGCGUCCCAGCUGUUGGCCGAUUACCCAAACCUGAACCAUGACCCUUUGCAGAGCUGCCUGGUGGUAGCUGAGCUGCUGUCAGUUUAGGGUAUUGCCAAGUAAAUUCCAGUUAAAGGAGGUUUGGAUUCCAUGGUGAAAACCUCCAUCCCUGCCAACCUGAUCACUAGUGAUUGGGCCAGGUAAGUAGCAGAGGCUAAGGUCUGGGUGUGGGUGAUUUUCCAUUUCCUCCUUCCGUAGAAGCUGUGGGGUGUGUGCACUCUCCCCUGGGGACGCAGUUACUAAACACCUGUUUAUAGUAACCAUUGUGAGCAUCAGGCUGGAAAAUAUCCCCACAGUGCAACUCACUCAAUAGCAGCCGAUGCUGGAGCUCUGGGCAGGCUGGCUGCCAUGGAGACCAGCUGGGACAGCAGCCUCCACAGCUGGGCCAGGCCUGCCCCGGCUGUGAUCCAAGCCGCCACGUACUCCAAGGCAGUGCGGCAGGCUGAGGAAACCAGGGAAGAGCUGGAAAAGAUCCGGGCGCGGAUCGACCAUAUAAUGCAGGCCUAUGAGCGCAGUGAGCAGGUCUCCUCUGCCCAGCAAGCAGCCACGGAGAUUGUGGAGGAUGUGGAGCAGCUGGCAGCCAUCCUGGGGGACCCUGUGAAGAAGAGGAGAUACCAGCAGCAAGUGACUGUCUUCAUCGUGGGGUACCAGGAGACCUGUGGGCAGCGCAACAGCCUCCUGAGCCAGCUGCAGGAGUUCUUCAGCUGCUCCGCGGAGCUGGGGCUGGCGGAGGAGAACUACAGCCUGCCCGACGACUUCCCCGUGUACAUGGACGACGUGGCUGGCACGGUCACAGCGGCUCUGAGUUCGGCUGAGGCAGCCAUGUCCCGCCUGGCGGAUCUGAACAAGGACAUUGUCAGCUACGUGACCAGCACCCUGGCCACCCACAGCCCCAAAAGGAGCCACAGGAAGCAAGUGGAGAAGACUUUAGACAAGGCUAAGGAAGAGGUGGUCCAGAUCAAACACAGGCUCCUGCAGGCUCAAGCAGACGUGGAGACCAAGGAACAACAACUGAAGGACCAGCAGCAGCUGAGCGAGAUGAAGGCAAAGGAGAGCCGGCUCUUCCGAGCCCAGCUGGAGAGCACCCAGAGAUGCCUGCAAAGCCUGGAGCAGGAGAGUGGGGCUCAGCGGGCCCGCCUGGAAGCCGAGCUGAGGAGCCGGGACUCGCACAUCGCGGAGCUGGACGGGUUCCUGCAGGAGAAGGCGUGGCUGCAGAGGGACGUGGCCACCGAGUGCAAUGACUGCGCCCUAUCCAGUCCCGCUGCAUGCUCAGGGGGGCUGUUCCCCUCUGGUGCGGGGGCUGCCCAGGAGGGGCCACCAGCAGGAAGGGAGCUGGGUGAAGGGCUGGCAGAGUCCAUGGUGCAACCUGAAGGGGGGUUCCCGAACCCAGAGCACUCGGAUCAGCCGCAGCCCGUUGGUGGUCCCUUGGCACACUCAGCUGCCCUGGGGCCAGGGGCACUGGCUGGGCCAGCUGGAGGGCCCAGGGAAGCUGGGAAGGAAGAGGAAGAUGCUGAAGAGGAGUCAGCCACACAUUCUGCAGGGGGUAAGAGGAGCCCGAGUCGGGGCGCUGCAGCCGGGAAUGGAGCAGUGCAGAUUCCAGAGGCCUCGACUACAUGUGAGCUCCUGGCCCGGCACCUGGCUGCCCUGGAGGCAGAGUUAGCUGCAGCCCAGCUGCAAAGCCGGGAGGACACAGAGCACUGGGAGAGGCACUGCAGGACCAUGGCAGCUGAGUGGGAGGAGGAGAGGCAGAGAUUAUUGCAGCACACCUGGCACCCAGUGGAGACGGCACAGCACUUGGAGAUGAUGUGCCCAGUGGAGACGACGUGCCCAGCAGAGAUGGCGCAGCACCUGGAGAUGUCCCAGUGGGGGCAGCCAAUGAAGCAGGUGGCCAUGGUGCAGCCAGCGCAGCGAGGGGAGACAGCUCAGCAGUUGGAGACAGUGCAGCAGGGGGUACUGGUGCAGCCGGUGGAGACGGUGCAGCAGACACAGCCGGUGCUGCAGGUGCAGCUGGCUGAGCGAGUGGAGACAGCCCCACAGAUGUUUGCAGCUGGAUCGCAGUUGACUUUGGAGGCCAAAGGUUUCCCUGAGCUGACUCUGCCCCCCACCCCUGCUGGAGGAGCCACUCCUUCCCCAGGGCCCACCAGACAUGGGGGCGCCCCCAGAGCAGGUGCUUCCCCAGAUGCCCUGUCCCAGUCCCACAGCGGGUCAACCCCAGUGCCUGCAACCGGACACGGUGGAGCCAACAGCUGCGUGGUGGCCUUCAUAGAGACCUUGAGGGCAGGACUUAUCGCUAAAGAGCUCCACGCACUGGCUCGGCUCCUGGAUGGCCCGUGUGGCACGCAGAUGACAGAGCUCCCAGCGGCCCUGGAGGAAGCAGCAGGAGCUGAAAUCUGCACACUGCUUGGGAACGCUACCCUAGUUUUUUACAGCUUGCUUGAAGGUAUAAGCAAUAAUGACAAGAUGCUGCUCCAGCCGCAGGACGUGACGUCAGAUCAAGGGGCACCAGCUCUGGGAAAAGGUGUUGCCCUGGGUGGAGCAGGCCCGUUGGCUCUGGACCAGCGCCCUGUAGGAGGAGGGCACAGUUCCCAUGCUGUCCCGCUAACCCAAGGCCAGCUGAUGAGCGCAGGAGGGGGGCUGAGUCCCAGGUCCAAGCCUGGCAGCACCGGGACCAAGAGGAGAGCCCCCAGGGUCCUGUUUACUCAGCAAGAUGAGCUGCACAACAGACGGGUGCUGAACCAAGGCGUAUGCAGAGGCCAGGUGCCAUGGGGCCUGUACCAGGACGCCAGCCUGCUGAUGGGGGGCUUCCGAUGGCUCCGCCACCAGAGGUUCGAGGGCCUGGUGAGGGGUUACCUGGCCUAUGUCUGCAUGAAGGAGGCAGAAGAAACCUUGGAGCAACUUCAGGGCAGUUGUGGCUGCAGGAAGGCGCCCCGUGUGCUGGGGCGACUCCGAGGGCUGAGGCAGCAGAGACUCCAGCGCUGGCAGGGCGAGUGGUGCUGCAGCCGGGCGAGGCGGCUGCAGCUGGCAGAGCUGCUCAGCGAGACGCUGGGGCGUGUGGAGGAGCAUUCAGGGCUGUUCCUGAUCCAGCCCAUGCUGCCAUGGGCUGGCCGGCCAAUCGCACUAACCCCUCCUGGAAGGAGCGACAUUCGGCCCCAACCCGCUCCCAAGAUGCUGGUGCCAGCGCUGAUGGGACAGGAAGUGAACAGCCCCCUGGCCAUGCGGGGUCUCCGGCUGUGCACCCCAAGGGAGGAAGGGCCUCACAAGUUGUGGAGCUUCUCAGCACUGGGGAGCAGUGGGGUCUGGCCACAGCAGGACCUGGCAUUGCCAAGCCCGCUGGUGAUCACCCCGCGGCUACUGGAGAUGGACCUCAAUGGCUACCUGCUGCAGGAGCACCAGCAGGAGGAGCCAGCCUGGCCCAGGCCCAGCCAGUCCCAGAGCCAGGCCCUUCGCAGCCUCGCUGAGGAGGUUCUUUCCCGUCCGACGCGGAGUGGCCCUGAUAGGUCCCAGCCACUCGGAGAGGCCAUAAGUGCCCAGCUGUGGGUCCAGAUCGGCUCGCGAUCCCGUAGGCACAUUCCGGACUCCAGGACACAGUUGGAGAAACCAUCUAUUGGAAAUCAGCUGGCUGGGGAAGGAUCCCAGCCAAUCACAGUCCAGAAUGGCCAGACAGCGCCCCCCCCCCCCCAAAAAAAGACACUGAACCUACAUGUCCGCAAUCACAGCCCUCCUUUCCCUGCCAGGCCCCAAUCCCCCCUGCAGAAGCACAUUUCUCUGUGUUGGUGGCUGCACUCUGGCCGGCACCUGGCGAGGACACCCUGUGCUUCGGCGCUGGCCUGCGGGAUAGUAUAUGGACUGAGCUGGAGCUGUUCGUAACACUGCAGCCUGACCUGGAUACUGGGGAUUCCUGUCUGGCUAACUGGGUUAGUUUGGGACAAACAAGCUCUCAGGGGCUGUCGGGGAAAAACAUGCAGGAAGGGAAAGAAUGGCUCCAGCACAGCCACUGCUCAGGACUUGAGGGUGCUGAGCAACAAGGCCAAGGCCCGAAAAGGCUCCAAGAGAUCCAAAACCUGGAGUAGAGUUUAAAAGGGACUCGUUCUGGAAGGGGCAGAGGGCUUUAGGGGACACAGGCACCCACUGGGCAUGUCUGAAGAAGCUAGGCCUGCUGCAGCUACCCUGGGGGUGGUGAGCCGUGGGCUUAGCCGGUUGUUUUAUGAUGCUUGUUCUCAGCGUGCUUUGUUCCUACUGUCCAAAUAAACCCGCCUUUGGUUCA